AUGAAUCUGGCGGGGCUCAGCAUGAACCAAGAGGACUGGAAUGCAGAGAUGGGGGAUGAGGCAUCAGUAAUCCUGCCAACCCUUGAGCAGGCUAGCUUCUCUGAAAGACCAAAUGGCCCGUCGUCUGACUUCAGUCCAAGUGUAGGUUCAUUUGGUGCCAUUGAAAGACCUAGCAGAAGUCAGCAUAUGCAGGAUCAUUUUGGAGGAUAUUCUAGGGGUAAAGGUAUUAAAGAUGAGCAAACAGACAGAUCUCGGUCUGGAAUUCUCCCUGGCUCUAGAGGAAGUGGAGCAUUUGGAGGUCGUGCUGUGAUUAACUUUGGAAUGCUUUAUUUAACAGCAGCUUACAAAGAAAGUAAUGAAGAAAUAGGUUCUGAAAGAGGUCCAAAGGUGACUUAUGUGCCACCUCCUCCACCUGAUAAUGAAGAAGCCAUCUUUGCACGUUAUCAGACAGGAAUUAAUUUUGACAAGUAUGAUGAAAAUGUUGUCGAAGUGUCAGGACUUGAUCCUCCAGCACCAUUACUGUCUUUUGAAGAAGCUAACCUCUGUCAGACUUUAAACAUGAACAUUGCUAAAGCUGGAUACUCUAAACUGACUCCAGUGCAGAAGUACAGCAUUCCUACUGUACUGGCAGGACGGGAUUUAAUGGCAUGUGCCCAGACAGGAUCGGGAAAAACUGCAGCUUUUCUUCUACCAAUUGUGGCCCACAUGAUGAGAGAUGGUGUAACUGCCAGUAGAUUUAAAGAGCAGCAAGAACCAGAAUGUAUUAUUGUUGCCCCAACUAGAGAACUGAUAAAUCAGAUCUUCCUAGAAGCAAGGAAAUUUGUCUAUGGAACUUGUAUAAGGCCUGUUGUGAUCUAUGGAGGUACACAAACAGGCCAUUCAAUCCGCCAGGUAAUGCAAGGCUGUAAUAUACUAUGUGCCACCCCAGGAAGGCUUCUAGACAUCAUUGGAAAAGAGAAGAUUGGUUUGCACAAUGUGAAGUAUUUGGUGCUGGAUGAAGCUGACCGCAUGCUUGAUAUGGGUUUUGGAUUAGACAUGAAGAAGCUGAUUUCUUAUCCAAGCAUGCCACCAAAAGACAAACGUCAAACACUAAUGUUCAGUGCCACUUUCCCUGAAGAAGUUCAGAGGCUGGCUGGUGAAUUUUUGAAAACUGAUUAUUUAUUUGUUGUUGUUGGACACGUGGGUGGAGCUUGCAGUGAUGUUCAGCAGAAUAUUCUUCAGGUUCCUCAGUACUCCAAGAGGGAUAAACUGAUAGAAAUUCUACAAAGCAUAGGUCAUGAACGAACCAUGGUGUUUGUGGACAAAAAGAAAAAAGCAGACUAUAUUGCAGCCUUUCUUUGUCAAGAAAAAAUACCAGCCACUAGCAUCCAUGGAGAUAGAGAACAGAGAGAGAGAGAAGUAGCUCUUCAGGAUUUUCGUUCUGGAAGAUGUCCAGUUCUUGUGGCAACUUCAGUGGCAGCAAGAGGUCUGGAUAUUGAAAACGUUCAACACGUUAUUAAUUUUGAUCUUCCUUUCACCAUUGAAGAGUAUGUACACCGAAUUGGACGAACUGGUCGUUGUGGAAAUACGGGCAAAGCAGUUUGCUUCUUUGAUAACAAUACAGAUGGCCAUCUUGCACAAUCUCUAGUUAAAGUGCUUUCAGAUUUGUGCCUCUUCAAAGUGUUCAGUAUUUCUGAAAUGAUUUUGGACAACUCACUUGAGUUGGACUCUUACAGUGUAGCCUUACUAGCUGCAUUAGUCUUGAUCUGUAGUGUGAAGAAUUACUCUGUGGAAGAAAAGAGUUAUGGAGGCAGAGGCAACAUGAACCCAGGAGGAAUGAAGAUGUCAUACUCUGCAAAUGCAUUUGAGUCAUGGGAUUAA